GUGAGGUUGCUACUGAAUUUGCUUUGGGAGAGGUGCGUCAGUUCCGCCUCUCCGGCGCUUCCAAACUUCCUGGGUCCACUAGGGACCUGCAGCGACCCGGUGGUUUAGGGGGAAAGAGGCCUGGGCGGAGUAUACAGGUCAUAGGUCUGCGUUUCGGUGGUUUCCAGCUCAAGGGUUAUUAAUGAAUAGUGGCGCUGUGAACAUUCGAGUAUGGACUCACAACCGUCAUCCCUGUAGAUGAGCACCGUCCUGGGCUACGUUUCAUGCCUUUUUCCUGCCUUCCUAGGCACCCUGCAAGGUGCAGCUCUGUCUUCCUGGGAUCUGUGCAACGUAGGACUCUGCACGCGCCCAGAAGUAGGAGGACACAUGACCAUGGUCAGGGAGACGGUGACAUUCAAGGAUGUGGCAGUGGUCUUCUCAGAGGAGGAGCUGGCGCUGCUGGACCCUGCCCAGAGGAAGCUGUAUGGGGACGUGAUGCUGGAGAACUUCAGAAACCUGAUUUCUGUGGGUGAGCACAGGCCCUCUAUGGGAGGAAAGAUCCAAAGUAAGAUGAAGACUGUUUUAGAAACAGAACCAUCUGAAGAGCUUUCCUGCUGGCAGAUCUGGCAACAGAUUGCAAGUGACUUAACCAGGUGUCAGGGCUCCAUGAUAAAGAGUUCCCAGAUCCCCAAACAAGGUGAUUCACCCCGACAGGUUGGGGCAGGACAGUCUGUAACUCACACAGGCCAGAAACCUGAUCAGUCUAGUGAACUUAAGAAAUAUUUCAGUGAUGUCUCCAGCCUUGAUCUUCAUCAACAAACACACUCAGGAGUGAAGUCUCAUAUAUGUCGUGAGUGUGGAAAAAGCUUCUGUUAUAGUUCAGCACUUCAUAUUCACCAGAGAGUUCAUCUGGGAGAGAAACGCUACAAGUGUGAUGAGUGUGGUAAGGAAUUUAGCCAGAGCUCAUGUCUGCAAACUCAUCAGAAAGUUCACACUGUGGAGAAGCCGUUCAAAUGUGAGAAGUGUGGGAAUGGCUUCUGUCGUAGAUCAGCACUUAAUGUUCAUUAUAAAUUGCACAUGGAAGAGAAACCUUAUAACUGUGACCAAUGUGGAAGGGCCUUCAUUCAUGCUUCACAUCUUCAGGAACAUCAGAGAAUCCACACUGGGGAGAAACCCUUCAAAUGUGAUAAAUGUGGUAAGAAUUUCCGACGUAGAUCAUCACUUAAUAGUCAUUGUAUGGUCCACACAGGAGAAAAACUGUUCAAAUGUGAGGAGUGUGGGAAGUGUUUCUUUUGUAGCUCAAAUCUUCAUAUCCACCAGAAGGGCCACACACGAGAGAAACCUUAUAAGUGUGAGGAGUGUGGGAAAGGCUUCAUUCAGCCUUCGCAUUUUCGGGCCCAUCAGAGAAUCCAUACUGGAGAGAAACCAUAUGUAUGCAAAGUGUGUGGUAAAGGCUUUACUAUGAGUUCAAAUCUUCAGGCACAUCAGAGAGUCCACACAGGAGAGAAACCAUACAAAUGUGAUGAGUGUGGGAAGAACUUCGGUACAAAAACCCGUUAUCAAGUUCAUCUGGUAGUCCACACGGGAGAGAGACCCUAUAAAUGCGAGGUAUGUGGGAAGGACUUCAGUCAGAGAGCAUACCUUCAAUCCCAUCUAAAGACCCACAGUGUAGAGAAACCUUACAAGUGUGAAGAGUGCGGACAGGGCUUCAAUCAGAGUUCCCGACUUCAGAUUCACCAGCUGAUCCAUACUGGCGAGAAACCACACAAAUGUGACGAGUGUGGGAAGGGAUUCAAUCGUAGAGCAGAUCUCAAAAUUCAUUGCAGAAUCCACACAGGAGAGAAACCAUUUAGUUGUGAAGAGUGUGGGAAAGUAUUCAGGCAGGCUGCAAAUCUUCUGGCCCAUCAGAGAAUCCACAGUGGAGAGAAACCAUUCAAAUGUGAAGAGUGUGGGAAGAGUUUCGGUCGCAGUUCACACCUCCAAGCCCAUCAGAAAGUCCACACUGGGGAAAAGCCGUACAAAUGUGAGGAAUGUGGGAAGGGCUUUAAGUGGAGCUUGAAUCUUGACAUGCAUCAGAGGGUCCACACGGGAGAGAAACCGUACAAGUGUGGGGAGUGUGGUAAGCACUUCAGUCAGGCCUCAAGUCUGAAGGUUCAUCAGAGUGUUCACAGUGAAGAGAAACCAUACAAAUGUGAUGUGUGUGGCAAGGUCUUCCGCCACUCUUCACAGCUGCAAUCUCAUCAGCGGGUUCACACGGGGGAGACACCUUACAAAUGUGAGUUGUGUGGUCAGAGCUUCCGUUGGCGAUCAAAACUUUCACAUCAUCGCAAAACUCAUGGUGGUAGUACAUUUUAUGAAAGUAAGAAGAGUAGUAAGAACAUCAAAGAAUCAUCAGAAAGAUGUUCAAAAUGAUGCUUUGCAAAACCCUGAAUUCCUGUCAUCAUUGAGUCUCAUAAGAGAGAAAACACUUGUGUUAGUUUAGUUGGUAUUUAAGCAAUAAUUGAACAUAUCUCAGUUUUCACAGGAUAACACAGUGGAGAAACCCUGUAAGUGGUGUGGUGAGUCUUAGUUCAGAAUCACUUAGGGGGUAGUAGUACUUAGGAAAAGAGUUUGGUCUGACCUUUAACACAAGUAUAAUGAUGGGUAUACCAGAACUGAUACCCACUAGAAUGUAAGCUCCACGAGGGCAGGGACUUUGCUGCUAAGUCUACACAGCCCUCAAAGCUAGAGGCAUCGUCAUUCUGUACUUCAAGUUAUAUUACAAAAGCUAGAGGCAUCAUCAUUCUGGACUUCAAGUUAUAUUACAAAACUUCAAGAAAUAAAACUGUAUGGUACUGGCACAAAAAUAGACACAUUGGUCAAUAAAACUAUAGAAAACCCAGAAAUGACCCCAUAAUUAUAUGGUCAGUUAAUCUACGACAAAGCUGGAAAGAAUAUGCUAUGGGAAAAAGAUAUUUUUUUCAACAAAUGGUGUUGGGAAAACUGGACAGCCACAUGCAAAAGAAUGAAAUUGGACUACUUUCUUAACACCAUACACAAAAAUAAAUUCAAAAUGGAUGAAAGACCUAAGUGUGAGACCUGAAACCGUAAAAGUCCUUGAAGAAAGCACAGGCAGUAAUUUCUCUGACAUCAGCUGUAGCUAUUUUUUUCUAGAUAGGUCUCCUGAGGCAAGAGAAACAAAAGCAAAAAUAUAUUAUUGGGACUACAUCAAAAUAAAAUCUGUAUAGCAAAGGAGACUAUCAAAACUAAAAGGCAACUUACUGAAUGGGAGAAGAUACUUGCCAGUGACAUAUUUGAUAAGGAGUUAAUGUCCAAAAUAUAUAAAGAAUUUAUUAAAUUCAACAAAGAAUGAAUAAUGCAGUUAAAAAUAGGCACAAGACAUGAGUAGACGUUUCUUCCAGAGGAAAUCCAGAUGGCCAACAAACACAUUGAAAAGAUGCUCAGUGUCACUUAUUGUCAGGAAAAUACAAAUCAAAACUACAAUGAGAUAGCACCUCAUGACUGUCAGAAUGGCUAAACUCAAGAAACAACUGGUUUUGGCGAGGAUGUGGAGAAAGGGGGAACCCUCCUGCACUAUUGAUGGGAACGCAAACUGGUGCAGCCACUGUGGAAAACAGUAUGGAGGUUCCUCAGAAAGUUAAAAGUAGAACUACCCUAUGAUCUAGCGAGUGUACUACUAGGUAUUUACCCACAUAAUACAAAAAUACUAAUACAAAGGGAUACACACACCCUAGUGUUUAUAACAGCAUUACUUACAAUAGCCAAACUAUGGAAAGAGCCCAAGUCACCGCCAACUGAUGAAUGGAUAAAGAAGAUGUGUAUAUAUACAAUGAAUAGUAUUCAAGCAUAAAAAAAGAAUAAAAUCUUACCAUUUGCAACAACAUAGGUAGAACUAGAGAUUGUUAUGCUGAGUGAAAUAAGUUGACAAAUACUGUAUGAUUUCACUGUAUGAUUUAAGAAACAAAGCAAAUGGGGUGCCUGGGUGACUCAGUUAAGCAUCUGCCUUUGGCUUAGGUCAUGAACCCAGGGUCCUGGGAUCGAGCCCCACAUCAGGCUCCCUGCUCAGCAGGAGAGUCUGCUUUUCCCUCUGCCCCUGCUUGUAUGCUCUCUCUCAAAUAAAUAAAUAAAAUCUUAAAAAACAAACAAAACAAAUGAGCAAAGGGAGAAAAAGAGAGGCAAACCAAGAAACAAACUCUUUAUAUAGAGAACAAGCUGUUACCAGAGGGGAGGUGGUUUGGGAGAUGGGGAUUAAGGAGAGCACUUAAACGAUGAGCACUGGGUGAUAUAUGGGAUUGCUGAAUCACCAUAUUGUACACCUGAAACUAACACACUGUAUGUGAACUAACUGGAAUUUAAAUAAAAGUUUUAAAAGAUCUACACAGCCUUAACAUUGACUAGCACUUGUAGGUGUGCUCACUGCUUGUAUGUUAAACAAACAUAGGAAGAUUGAUCCAGAGGAGGAAACCUGCAAAGUAAAAUUAAUUCAGGAAAAUGAACAUUUGUGGAAGUGUAGAAAACCACCUGAUCUUAAAUCCACAAUAUUAAUGUAAUUACUACAGUUGGUUCUUCUCUUCCCACAGCCUCUGUUCUCAAGUUGGAUUCUUAUCUGGGCCCUUGUCUGGUUUUCCAAGGAUUGUAUACAGUGUAUAUUGAACUAUCUUUUGUAAUUUUUCUGACAGUACAAACUGGAAAAAUGUUUUAUAUUAGCUAGGAUUUAACUGCAUUUCACACACCUAAUCUUUUUUAUCUAUCAAUGUUAAGGCAGGAAUUUAUUGUAACACUUUGAAAGUGUCACCAGUAGUUACCAAUAACAAUUUUUUAAAAAGAUUUUAUUUAUUUAUUUGACAGACAGGGGAUGCAAGCAGGGAGAGGGAGAGGGAGAAGCAGGCUUCCUGGUCAAGCGGGGAGGCUGAUGUGGGGCUCAAUCCCAGGAUACUGGGACCAUGACCUGAGCCAAAGGAGACACACAAUUACUGAGCCACCCAGGCGCCCCAACAAUUUUCUUAAUCAGCCUUGAAUUGGUGAUUUCUAACUGCAUUUCCAUCCCAACUCAAAAUGUUUGUCUUCUAAUUACUGUAGUAUUUAUCAAAACUUCUCACAUAGGGUCUGUAUUUUAUUCCCCACACCCAUGAAAAGAAUGCCCCCCAAAUUUGUGGGAAUUUGAUAAUUUUAUCAAAUGUAUUUUUUGAGGCAAGAUUGAUAGUUAUAUGCUUUUCCCUAUUGGAAGCUCUGAAGCAUUUUUCUGGGAAAGGAGUAUAUGUCAAUAUAGAUAAUAUGUCUCUUUGAUUUGGAAAUCUUAUAUUUGGAAAUUAAGAUUAUGAGAUUAAAAUACCAAAAAGAUGAGCACCA